AUGAAGAAGUGGGCCGAUAAGAAGAGACGGCCUUUGGAAUUUAAAGUUGGCGACCAAUUCCUUGUGAAAAUAUUACCUCAACAAUUCAAAGCGUACCGAAGUGUGCACAAAGGCUUGGUACGGAGAUAUGAAGGGUCGUUCCCGGUAAUAGCUAAGGUUGGCAAGGUAUCCUAUCGCCUUGACCUACCUAGCUCUUUAAAGAUUCAUCCUGUCUUCCAUGUGAGCAUGUUGAAGCCAUAUCAUGAAGACAUGGAAGACCCUAGCCGAGGGGAGUCACAACGGGCACCUCCGAUUGUGACUAAGUCAUUUGACAAGGAGGUUGAUGAGGUCCUAGCAGAUCGCAUUGUGCGAAGGCGUGGAGUGCCUCCUUGCCAACAAUUUUUGAUAAAGUGGAAGGGAUUGCCCGAGUCCGAAGCAACGUGGCCGGUUCUGAUUAAUACAAUCAUUGAGGCAUGUGCACAACCAUUGACAAGAAAAGUUGGCCCUCGGUUUCUGAAUCAAAACCGAUUGGGAUGUAUCCAUCCCUUCCCAGGUUCGCCGGUUCGAUCUUGGCUUGAUCCCGAUUGA